CACGGUUCGGCACGGUUCCAAAACGGUUCAGUUGGUCGCUGCCGUCGAGCAUUUUCCCAGUGCAAAAUCGGUACGAGGGUUUCGUCGCGCUGACGCGUUUUUGUGCUGCUGCUGGUGCUGCUACCUCGAAGAGAUAGUGCAAAGGCAAUCAUCGUGCAAAUACUACAAUACCUAGAAGAAAAACAGUAGUGGUGCUGCAGUGAAAGAUCAAUCAAUUUCUUUGUGUGUGUCUGCGGUGUCGCGCGAAGAGUGUGUUGUGUGUGUCUGCGCUUCCUAGCAGAAGCUGAAGUGCUUUGUGUGAGUGAGUGUGCGCGCGUGUGAGUGGGGGAGAGGGCACGGCUCUCUAAAAACACACAAUGGUGCCGGCGAAAGGAUUUCUGCUUACGCUGCUGGUAGUGCUGGUUGCUAGCAGCAGCUUCAGCAGCCACCAUCAGGUGAAGGGCGAAAAGUACGAGGACGAAGAUGAUUACUACGAUUCAAGAGAACGCGUCCUGGAAAACUCGUACCACGGCUUGAUAAAGGAAAAUGAAACGUUCGUCGAGAUAACGCCACUGAUCAAGGUGGACGAGACGAAAAUCUGCGGCUUUCACAUAAUCAAAAAGAACAAGGAAAUUCCCUUUCAGAUUGAGCUUGUGAACGAGCUUGGCAUUCUGAAAGCGAAAAAGACACUGAACUGCGAAAAGCGGAAAAACUACAAAUUUGACAUUACCGCCGUUUUCUGCGAUGGAUCACAUUCGAAGAGCGCGAGCGUACAUAUCUCCGUGAUUGACAUUAAUGAAUAUUCGCCCACAUUCCUGCAGCCCUCAUACGUCACAGAGGUUGACGAGGGCCGCCUCUAUCAGGAGAUAAUCCGCGUCGAAGCAACGGACAAGGACUGUACGCCCCUGUUCGGCGAUGUGUGCAAGUACGAGAUCCUCACCAACGACCAGCCGUUCACGAUCGACAACGAGGGCUCGAUACGCAACACGGAACCGCUCUCGCACAAGAUCUCACACAAUCACAUCCUCUCAGUGGUCGCGUACGACUGUGCGAUGAAGCAGUCCGCCCCGGUCAUGGUGAACAUUCGCGUGCGGCGCGUCUGCGAGGCGCACGUGAUGGGUGUGGCCGAGCGCAUCGACUACGUCGCUAACUCCAUGGAAAGUGUGUCGCUGUUCCCGAAGAUUCACCUCGAGCUGUGCGAUAUGCAGUGCAAGGGCGAGGACAUGGUCAUCCAGUCGUCGGUGUCGCUCAAAACCAAGCACAUCUCGUUCGGUUGCGAUCGGGACGCGAGCCAGUGUUUGCGUCGGUUGAGCGAAAGCGGCAGUGGCCGGGAGCGGGACGGCGAUGGGCUGGUCGAUUUGCUGCAGAAGAACACGGACUGGACGAAGGAUCUGACGUACGACGAGGGGGCGGAAGCGAUCUUCCACUUUGACGGUAGCUCGGGCGCGAUUGUGCCGAAGAAUGUGGUACAGCCGCAGGACUUUGCCGCGCACCAGUUCAGCAUCGUAACCAUGUUCCGGCACAACAGCAUCGUGAGCACGGACAAGCACACGAAGGAGCACAUCGUGUGCAGCGCGGACGACCACAAAAUGAACCGCCACCAUAUGGCGCUGUUUGUGCGCAACUGCCGGCUGAUACUGCUGCUGCGCAAGGACUUUAACGAUGGCGAUUUGAACAUCUUCAGCCCGGCCGAGUGGCGCUGGAAGAUACCGCAGGUGUGCGACAACGAGUGGCACCACUACACUAUCAACGUGGAUCUGCCGAAGGUGGACCUGUACAUCGAUGGCAUUCGGUUCGAGAGCAACGUGGAGGACCGGCACAGCAAUCCGGAGGUGAUCGAUGACUGGCCGCUGCAUGCGGCGCACGGCAUUAACACGACGCUUGCGAUCGGCGCUUGCUACCAGGGGUCGGAGAACCGGCUGAAGCACGGGUUCAGUGGGGAUAUUGCGGAGAUUAAGCUGUCCACGCGCAAGGUGCUGACGGCGAGCCAGAUCCGGUGCGGUACGGACUGUGCGGAGAAGUUGCUGCCACCGGCCGACCACUACCUGGAGCCGGAGCAGCAGAUCCAGUCGAACACGCAGAUGAACAAGAUCAUCAUCGAGGGCAGCAACAAGACGAACAUCGAGCAGCUGCUGCAGCAGAUCCAGUACAUCAACUCGAAGGAAAGCCCCACGAUCGGGCGCCGCAACAUCCAGGUGAUGACGACGGUCAGCUGCCCGAACAAGAAGGCGAUCCGGCUGCCGACGAUCGACACGUACAUUAUGGUCAGCUCGGCGGGCAGCAGCCUGUCCGGGGGCAGCAUGCUUGCGUCGGCCACCUCCUCGUCCUCCUCGUCCGGGUUGUACAACAAGAUACUGGUGGAUAAGCCGCUCGCCACCGACCAGAAGCCGCAGAUCGUGAUCAGCGGCAACUCGAACCAUCUCGUCUCGUACCCGGACAUUAAGGAGGGCGUCAAGAUACUGGCCCAGAUCAACAUCAGCGUCUACACUGGGAAGGAUAUUCGGCCCGAGCUGCAGAAGCUCGAUUCGUGCAAUGUGAACGUGUUCCCGAGCCUGAACCCGGACCACGAGGAGAUUACGAUCGACGAUAAGGACGGUGCGGACGAGUCGCUGUUCAAGUUCGACAUCAAAACGCAGAUCAGCAAGGAGGGCGUCGAGAUGAUCGGGUACGACACGAUCGAGAACUACCAGCACGUGCUGAAGUCGCUCGUGUACAUCAACAAGAAGCCGGCCUACUACCUGAACCGGGUGUUCAAGCUGACCUGCUCCCAGGUGGACGACCACUUCCGCAGCGCGGAGUACACGCUCACCCUGACCGUGCUGCAUCCGAAGCAGCAGCCGACCUCGUCGAUUGCUUCCGCCUCCGCACCAUCCUCCAAUGUGUUGCUGGCCAUCUCGACCGCCCCAUCGGAGCAGCAUCCAGCCGUUGCGGUCGAUUCGCAUGACAAUGCAAACCAGUACGCGCACGUAAUGCUCCACUCGCACGACGUCCAGGAGUCGCAGUCGAAGGUGCGCAGCAGUGGCGGCGCCGCCCUGCUCGGCCACGAGAAGCUCGCCUCGUCCCACUCGACCAUGUUGAUCGUGGUCAUCUGCGGCUCGUUCGUGCUGCUCAUCUGCGGCGUCGGCAUCGCCCGUCUGCGCAACAGCAACGCGGCACUGGCGGGCGGCAGUAGCGGCCAUGGUGCAGCGGGCGGCGCGGCCGGCGGCAGUGCGUUCGCGCGCAACCUCACCGACAAGCAUCUGCCGUGCCCGAAGGUUGCGCCGGACCAGCAGCUCGACUGGGACGAUUCGGCGCUCACCAUCACCAUCAACCCGAUGCAGCACGACGCCCUGUCGGACGAGAGCUCCGAGUCGGACAACUCCGACUCCGAGGACGAGGAGGUGCUGAACGGGCGCUACAAAAACGUCAGCCAGCUCGAGUGGGACAACUCCACAAUCUAAAUGGAAUAUAUCAAAUAUUUUAAAGUAUGACAGAUUUAUUACAAACAUCCACAACAAAAGCAGCUGGCGCAAAAUUGCAAACAGAAAAAACAAACACACACACAUACACAAUUCCCCUCUUCUUUCUCCCCUCCUGCUGCAUCAUUAUCAACCCCGCGAGGCAGUGUAGUCAGCAGCCGCAGCAACAGAACAGUGGAGUGGCCAUUCAUUUGCAAGCAAAAAGUAUUUACCCCGCUCCCGGCUCUCCAAGUACCACCAUACAGGCUAAAAAACUACACCUCUAAAAAUAUAUAUACAACUGAACAUAUAGAUAUAUAUACAUACAUGAAUUAUAUCAGCAGCUCUAUACUCUCAUGCAUACCGAAAAAGAACAUUAUCCCCCCCCAUUUUCCCUCCGCUUUCGACGCAACAAGGUUAAAGCAUGAAACCACUAAUACACACACUCAGCAGCAGCAGCAGCGGCAUUGCGUGGAAUUUAAGUGCGACAAACUGGUGUGGUGAACAAAUUUAAUAACUUCAGACCAUCCCAUCCCGCAUAUCCCCGCCAGUGAGCAAAACCAAGCCCACAGCCUGGUCUGAAAGAUAACAGAACAAUCUGACAAACCACCAUACAACCAACCAAACACGGGAAUGGUCACUUGCAGACUGCUUCUUUGCCCUGAUAGGGCUGACGGGGAUGAGGAAAGUGAAAAUCACCAGCCACCAGCACCGGAAAACAAUACGCAAUGUACUUACAAUGCUGCACAACAAUGUGCAUAACGCAAAUGCAUGCAAAUGAGUGGUAAACAAAUGUUCCAAACUCUACUCCCUCCCGCCUCCAUUAAUCCAAAACCGCCGCCACGGCGAUUUCGAUUCCGUUUUUUUUUUGUCCGCCAUUGCUCGGGAAAGCAAAGCAGAGGGCAGAAGAGUGCGGUGCAGAACAAUUCCACGCACACGAGCGCAGCUGCCGUGCGGCGCCAUUCAUUAAAAAAAAAACAAGCAACAACAACAAAAAGUCUAGAAAUCAGCUUAAUAAUAUGAAAAAAAACACACACAAAUGGAUUAUAUAUUAUUAAAAUAAAAGAAAAGUCUACAAGAGAGAAACAAAAUGUAGCUAUACGGUACAUUGCGGAGGGUAAGGAGAAAAAACGGGAUGCGCGUAGAGAAGAGAGAAAGGAGAAAAUGAAAAGAAGAAGAAAGAAGGAAAGACGUAAUAGCUAAAAGGAUGUAGCCGAAGGAUAAACGUAAAACGUGUGUGUGUAAUAGUGUGUGAGAUGUAUAAAAUUGAUUAAACAGAAACAAAACAAUGGAUGUAGGAAGAAGAACGAGAUGGUGAAAAACACAACAACACAAAAAGAAUACACAAAAGAGGUCAUUUAUUCAAGUGCAACACAGUCCGUCUCUGCGUGUAAUGAGUGUGUAUGUGUGUGUAAUUUUGUUUUAGUGUGCGCGUGUCCCUUAUAUACUGCUGAGCCAGUUCCAGGAUGGCCACGCGAGGAGGAAACCCGCACACACACACAUACGUAUUUCGUACGAUUAGUAGUGGAAAAUAGGGGGAGAAAUGAAGCGAACAGCACACAUACACACAGCACAGAAACAUUUUAUGAUAAGACGACUACUAAACCUAUCAUUAGUACUAUCGGCGCUAUUACUUCACUACUGGUAUAUCCCCCACGUGCAGCUAUCACAAAACAACAAUUACUACUACCACUGUGGAAGUCACGUGUGUGUGUAGAUAAAGAAGCCCCACUAACUACUACUGGCUACUACUGGCUACUACUCACGGUGUAACCGACAUCCAGCUAUGUCGCAGCUUUUCCCGCGCUCCUUCGAAGUAAACCGGCACACCGACUUUGUGGGGAUAUCGUUACUGCUGAGGCCAUUCCAGCGCACUUACUUCACAAUAUGAGCGCGAAAAAGAAAAAAAGGCGAGAAGAAACCCUGCAGCAAUGGACCCACACAAAUGAGAGUGUCACUUUUUGUCGACUCUGCAACCCUUUCGUCAGCUGCGAAAAUUGCAGUAAAGAAUCAUCAACCGCUGGAGGACGCAGCCACACCAUGCUGGGAUUCAUUUCUUUACCAAGAACGAACCGAACGCACGACGCACAAUGACGCAAAACGAUGCCCCGGGAAAGCUGCUUUGUUAUUGUAUUGUUUGUUUGUCCUUGCUCGUGUUAGAUUUGAGUGGUGUGUUCCCUCAGAUUAAGAGUGGCGAGAUGUGUGUAGUGCGUAUAACGAGAGUCAUUAAGUUGCGGUAGGCUUUUGUGGAAGAAAACUAGAGAAAAGUGUCUGUUGAGGACACCCUAGAUCCAUUUUGUCAGUUUUUUUUUAUUUUACAUGCAUUCAGGCGCAUAGUAUUUUUAAGAAGCUGAGAUCUCUACGAUCUUUAGCUCGGCAAAACGGAUGUUCAUUUUAUAAUUUGCACGCUUCAAACCCAGCCUGAGGAUUGAAUUUUCACAUGUUGGCAUAUUAUUUUCGUGUGCCCGUGUUGCUGCACUGUGUGAGUGUGAUUUUAGUAAAUCAAGUGGUCGUUUCUUAGUGUAAACUGCCAAUUAUUUCCUGUAAAACACAGUUCGCAGAGAGUGUUUUUCGCAUAAAAGGAUGGCGUUAGAAUUAUAAGCUUUUUUUAAAUCCUAUUUUCCCAUCCAUCCUUCAUGCUGUGUGAGCUCCUCCAUAGCAUUGGAAGGGCGUUUUUACCCCCAAAAUCCCAGUUAAUGCACGCCGCUCGGUGGUUUCAUUUGCUGCUCCGGAAGGACACACAAAGGUUGCACCUCCCAUCACCACCACCACCUUCUCAUACUUGCUGUACAUUUUUAUCACAUUGUUUCCUGUUUUGUUUCAUUCAAUUUUUCUUUUGCUUUGCGUUGUAGAGCCAUUCGUCGAGGCGUGUGAAAUGAUGUUAGAGAAGAAAGGGCAUAUGAAACACACGAUCACGUAAAACAAAACAAAACAAACAAAAACUGUUCUUCAUUAAAUGGCCAUUCAACAAUUGUAGCGGCGCUAGGUGGAAGAAACUACACACACGCGCAAAACAAGAAGUAUUGUAAAUGGAAGUAUAACAAAUAAAGAAGCGAUGGAAAAACAAGCGAAAACACAAAA